AUGCCUGCGGGACUGAUGCAGGCAGUGGCCCUGCCGCCGCUGGUUGCGACGAAUCCCAAGCAGCCCCCAGACGAAGAAGCAGCUUCCAAGGAUGACUCUACCCCUUCCAAGCCCGUUGUGGGAGUCAUCUCUCCGCCAAUCGAGAUUAGGAAUGUUGUGGACAAGACCGCCAGCUUUGUAGCCAGAAACGGUCCUCAAUUCGAAGCUCAGAUAUUACGGAAUGAAAUCAACAACGUCAAAUUCAACUUCCUUGAUCCUAAGGACCCGUACCAUGUCUACUACCGGCACAAAGUCAGCGAGUUUAGGGACAGAAAGGUUCUGGAGCCCGUGGAUGCCAUCCCCAAGGUCAUGCAGCAACAGCUACCCCAGAUGGUCCAAGCCCAGGUGAUCCAGGAGACCACUGUACCCAAGGAACCUCCUCCUGAGUUUGAGUUCCUGACCGACCCCCCCUCCCUCUUGGCCUUGGACCUGGAUGUGGUGAAGCUGACUGCUCAGUUUGUGGCCUGCAAAGGGCACCAGUUCCUGAUCCAGCUCAUGCACUUCCUGCGGCCCCAGCACAGUCUCUUCAACUACUUCACUAAGCUAGUGGAACAGUACACCAAAAUCCUGAUUCCACCCAAAGGCUUAUUGGCAAAACUCAAGACAGAGGCAGAGAACCCCAGAGAAGUUUUCAAUCAGGUGUGGCACCGUGUGGAGUGGGCCAAGAAGAAGGAAGAAGAGGAGAAAGAGAAGGAUCUGGUGGCAUAUGUGCAGAUUGACUGGCAUGACUUUGUGGUGGUGGAAACUGUGAAUUUCCAGCCCAAUGAACAAGGACACUUCCUACCUCCCAUCACUCCAGAGGAGCUGGGUGCCCAAAUCCUAAUUCAAGAGAACUGGGAGAUGUUUGGGGAAAGUGAGGAAGUGGAAAUGGGAGUAGAGUCUGAUGAUGAAGACAAGAAGCAGGAGAAGACAGAGGAGCCUCCGUCCCAGCUGGACCAGGACACCCAAGUACAGGAUAUGGAUGAGGGUUCUGAUGAUGAAGAGGAGGGCCAGAAAGUCCCCUCUCCUCCAAAGACACCCAGGCCUCCACCAUUCCCACCAACUCCAGAUCAGGUCAUUAUCCGUAAAGACUAUGACCCCAAAGCUUCCAAGCCCCUGUCUUCAGCUCCAGCUCUGAAUGACUACCUCGUGUCCCCCAUCACUGGGGAGAAGAUCCCAGCCAGCAAGAUACAGGAACACAUUCACAUCAGAUUGCUGGAACCACGCUGGUUGGGACAAAAGGACUGCUUGAUCUGGGAAAAGCAGAGUGCUGAUGAGGUCUAUGCCCCAGGUCUGCAUAUCCAGAGCAGCCUGAAGCAGCUCGCCGAACGGCGUACUGAUAUCUUUGGCAUGGAGGAGACGACCAUUGGUAAGAAGAUCAGUGAGAAGAAGACCCAGAAGCCAGAGGAAAAGGUGACCUGGGAUGGUCACUCUGGCAGCACGGCUUUUACCCAGCAGACAGCCCAAGCCAAUACUGUCCAAGAGCAAAAUGAACCAAUCCGCAAGGCCAAAAGCCUCAUGCCAGAAGAUGACAGCAAGGAAAAGAUUGGCCCUAGCAAACCCAAUGAAAUCCCUCAGCUUCUCCCUCCAUCUUCAGGCACCAACACCCCCACUUCAGCCCUGAGCAGCACCUCCAUGCCCUGCCCUCUCUCUAUGCCAUUGCCAUUCCAAACCACAGUUGUCUCUGCUGUGCCUGUCAUGUCACAACCCCCAUUGGCCUCAGUGGUACACCUGACUCCAGGCUCAGUGAUUGCUCCUAUGCCUCCUAUCAUCCGUGCUCCUCACAUCAAUGUAGUGCCACCCUUUCCUCCACCCAUCAUGGCACCACACCCACCUCCUGUGAUUGUACCAAGAGUAUUUGUACCAGCCCCUCCUGUGGCUCCAAUCCCAGCACCAACCCCAGCGCCUCCUGUCCACCCCCCAUCCAUGGAGGAUGAGCCCACUUCUAAGAAACUAAAGACAGAAGACAGCCUGAUGCCAGAGGAAGAGUUUCUCCAGAGGAGUAAGGGUCCAGUCAACAUCAGGGUUCAAGUCCCUAAUGUGCAGGACAAGACUGAAUGGAAACUGAAUGGGCAGGUGCUGGUCUUCACCCUCCUGCUGUCAGACCCAGUCUCUGUCAUCAAGGGCAAGGUCCAUGAGUGCACUGGCAUACCUACUGGCAAACAAAAGCUGCAGUUCAAGAGCAUAUUCAUCAAAGACUCCAACUCUCUGGCACAUUAUAACAUGGAGAAUGGUUCUGUGAUCCACCUGGCACUCAAGGAAAGAGGUGGGAGGAAGAAAUAG